AUGCCAAAAACAGUUGUCACCAUUACUAGUAUCAAGGUAUUUUUUGAUAUUCGUAUUCCUAAUAAUGCGAGCAUUCCCAAAUUCUGGUCCAAAGUAAAGAGUAUACUUGCUACUGGAAAAGACAAAAAAAAGCCAUAUCUCUGUAUUGUCACACUAAAUAGAGACGAAAGGUUUACUGCUCUCAAUAUUAUCUCAAGCUACAAUUCAAAGGUUGAUCCCAAAUGUGAAAUAAAGACAACUUCAGACAAUACAGGAACAUAUUAUCAUAAAAUUGCAAGAGAGCAUUGGAUAUCAUUUUCUGGUGCACCUUAUUAUGUGAAAUCCCAUCACUGCUCACAUGCAUUUUAUGCUCACAUUGAUAACUUUCGCCCCAUAGACAAUUUUGAACCACUUUACAAAAUCUAUUCAUCUUCUCUCUUUACUCAUGAUCGAGCAUUGGUUCUAACAUGGAACAUAGAAACAUAUGAUUUACAUAGAUCAGGAAACUUCCCAGAAAUGAAAAAUGACACAUCCCAAGUUUUUACGAUCUGCAUGACCCUACACUGGAAAGACGACCCAAAACCACUAAAACAAAUAUGUUUUGUUGAUGUUGAGACAGCUCUGGACCCGCACGGGACAACAAUUCUUGGUUUUAAUGAUUCAGGAUAUAAUUGGCCUUUUAUUGUGAAAAAAGCCACCAAAUUAAAGAUUCUUAAAUGGAUAGUUCAGCAAAUAUCAGCAAAACCACAAUCCAUUAAAAUCAAAAUCCAUCCUAGUUUAAGUAUUGAAUCUUACUUUCUUAAACUUCUUGGAUAUGUACCAAUUGACGUUUGUGCAAGUUUUAUGCAACUUCACCCCCGCUCUGAGAAAACAUUACUCAAAUUCUUCUUAGAAAAGUGGUCUCGAUGGCAAAGCUGGUAUGCAUAUGAGCAAAUUAUAGAAGAGCUCAUGGUCAAAUCUAAUGUUAUAAAUGAUUACAGAGAGGUAGCCUCAAUUGCUCAUAUAUCAUUAUUCGACUUACAUUAUUAUACUAUAGGAACAAAAGUAUCUAAUCUCUUAGGAACAUAUGUGUUCCUGCCAGAGAAAGGUCUUAAAAAUAAACGUCCUGUCACAGGUUUAGACUUUGCUUUCUUAUACCUUAGCAUAAUCAUGACCUACAACCUCUCACCCGAAAAGAUGGUCUCAACACUUUCAGAAGCAGAUAAACUAAAGAGAGAGAAUAAAGUGCUUUACAGUAUCAAGUUCAAGUAUGAUGGUAAAUCUAUGCAAGCCUGGACCAUACGGCAUAGGAAUAAAUCCGAUCAGAAAGGUUUAUUUCCAAAAAUAUUGAAAAAUUUGCUCAAUAUAUGGAAUGAACUAAAGGUUCAGCUAAAACCUCUUAGAAAGAAAAAGGAAUAUAUGGGAUUAGUUAAAAGUAGAAUGGAUGCCAGCAAAUCUAUAUUAAUAGCAAGUGCAAUCGAAGAUGUUUGUUUGCAAAGCGGAUCUAAGAAGUAUGCCAAAAUAGCCGACAUUAUGAAUCCUUUUAUUGGUUUGUCAUAUGAUGAUUUUAGGAAAGAAUAUGAUUCCAUCUGCUUUGAUUAUAAUUCUCUAAAUUUGAAGCAGAAAGCCAUUAAAUUGUAUAUGAAUUCAUUCUAUGGUAUAAUUAGCCAAAGUAACUUCCCGUUUUAUAUACUUAAACUCGCUAGAGGCGUUACUUCGGCUAGACGAGAAAAUAUCAAACUCGUUGCAGAGUUCAUGAAAAAAAAGAAGUACGAGCCAGCUCUCUCAGAUAAGAUAAUACAAAUCAAGGAUUUGGAUGAGAAAUAUAAACAAAUAGAUGAUUAUGCACAAAAAAAGGUCAAAUCAUGGCUUGAGGGUUUUGUGAAGAAGAAUAUCAUAGUUAAUGGUGUUACUUCUAAGAUGAUAGAAUCCUGUGGAAUUGUUUAUAAGUGUGCUUACAGAAAUACAGUUAAAAAAGCACAAGAAAUGUUAUAUCAAAAGAUAAGCGGUUUAUACGAAAUAAUCUAUGGUGAAUGGCUUAACUAUGAGAUUUUCAUGGAAAUAGAUGAUGAAAUAAAGGAAAAAAUAUGCUCAGAUUUUGCUCGAUAUCCUAGCGAGUUUGUAAAAUGUAUUGAAGAGUAUAAUUUAUUCUUUCACAAAUUAGUCUAUCAUAUGUAUUAUAAAGAGCAUAUAUCAAUUCUAGAAGAAAUCAGCCCAGUUUUAUCCAUGCAAAAAAAUGAGAUAAUUGCUAACCUACCUGCUUUACCUCAUAUAUCAGUAAUUGAGACGCUAAAUGGCAUUAGUAAUUCAUGGUAUUUCUAUUUUGAGAGUGUAACCGAAUCAGAAGUGCUAAA